UAGUACAGCACCCAUAACAGAAUCUCAUCUUUCCCUGGAAGCUGAAAUUAGAGAGAGAAAGUGAAAAAAAAAAAAGUGUUGUGAGGUCGGUCACUCCAUCUCUUUCUAUCUCCUCAUUCCUUCCACUCUCUUUCUGUUUUCCUCCAUUUUUCCUUCUUUCUCUCUCUUGUUAAACUGUUUAACACCUUAAUCUCUCUUGCAUUCUAUGUUGAUGACCUAACUCUUAACUCUUAUUAACUCUUAAUUCAAACUCAUUCUUUUUGUUUCUAGUCGGAGCACUUUUCCCUUCUUUCUCUCUCUUUAAAUUCUCCACACCCCUUUAAUUUCACACCUCGAGAAGUAAUGGGGGUUUGAGAUUUAUUCCCUAUUUCAAAAUCCAUAUUUUGAUUUCUCCUAAAACACCUUAAUUUUGUUGGGCAGUUUUUAGUACUUUCAAUUUUAGGGUUAGUUUGAUUUUGAAGUUUUGGGGAAAAAAAUUAAAAGUAAAAGUAUGAAGAGAGGAGGGGGGAAACUAGAAACUUACAUGGGUGUGACUCGAGUUCGAUCGAUUCAAAUUCUUGCGUUGAUUGGGUUACUUUAUUUGAUCUUCAUGACAUUUGAGGUACCUUUUGUUUUCAAGAGCGUUUCACAGGAUACUUCAAGCGUUUCGUUUCAAAACGAUGCCUUUGUGAGACUACGGCAGUUAGAUAGUGAGGAAGAAUUGCAGGUGAAAGAAGCUCCGAUCCGACCGUUAAAAGAGCCGUUAAGGGUUUCAUCAGUUUCUCCAAAGCCUCAACGUCAAAUGAGGGAAUAUAAAACCCUUUCUGGGUUAAUUUUUGAUUGGAGAGCUUUAAUUAGUACUGAAAAAGAUGGGUCUUCAGGUUUACAUAAAUCUGCUAUAACUGCUUUUCAGUUAGGGGAGAAACUUUGGGAGGAUCUCAAGUCAGGGAAGGUGAAACUUGAUGUCGAAAAGGCGGCAGAGAAUCGAAAUGAAUCAUCGUGUCCCAACUCGGUAUCGUUAACCGGUGCUCAAUUUGUGGAGAAAGGGAAGGUGAUGGUAUUACCUUGUGGGUUGACACUGGGGUCUCACAUUACUUUAGUUGGUAAACCUAGAAUUGCUCAUGCUGAAUAUGAUCCUAAAAUAUCAUUGUUAAAAGAUGGGGAUCAAAGUGUGAUGGUUUCUCAGUUUAUGUUGGAGUUGAUAGGAUUAAAAACUGUUGAUGGUGAAGACCCACCAAGGAUUUUGCAUUAUAAUCCAAGGUUGAAAGGGGAUUGGAGUGGAAAGCCUGUGAUUGAGCAAAAUACUUGUUAUAGACAACAAUGGGGAACGUCGGUUCGAUGUGAAGGUUGGAAGUCUAAGCCUGAUGAGGAAACUGUUGAUGGGCUGAUCAAAUGUGAAAAAUGGAUCCGCGAUGAUGAUAGUAAUACUGAAGAUUCCAGGGCAACAUGGUGGUUGAGUCGACUUCUAAGCAGGCCGAAGAAGGUGACGGUUGAUUGGCCAUUUCCUUUUGCUGAGGAUAAGCUGUUUGUUAUGACUCUCAGUGCUGGUUUAGAAGGAUACCAUGUCAAUGUUGAUGGGAGGCAUGUGACUUCCUUUCCUUAUCGAACAGGAUUUUCGCUUGAAGAUGCUACUGGGUUGACAUUAAAGGGAGACAUUGAUGUUCAUUCCGUAUUCGCUGCUUCGUUACCGUCAUCACAUCCUAGUUUUGCUCCCCAGAGGCACCUUGAGAUGUCUAGUAGAUGGCAAGCCGCGCCUCUUCCAAAUGGCCCCGUGGAGCUCUUUAUUGGCAUUCUUUCUGCUGGUAAUCAUUUUGCUGAGAGAAUGGCCGUGAGGAAAUCUUGGAUGCAACAUCAACUAAUAAAGUCCUCUAAAGUGGUGGCCCGCUUCUUCGUAGCAUUGCAUUCUAGAAAGGAAGUGAAUGUGGAGUUGAAGAAAGAGGCAGAGUUUUUUGGUGAUAUUGUCAUAGUCUCAUAUAUGGAUAGCUAUGACCUUGUUGUGGUGAAAACUGUGGCUAUUUGUGAAUAUGGGGUUCGCACUGUCGAUGCAAAGCGCAUCAUGAAGUGUGAUGAUGAUACCUUUGUUCGGAUUGACGCUGUAAUUAAGGAAGCAAACAAGAUUCCUGGGGGUAGCAGCUUGUAUGUGGGCAACAUAAACUACUAUCAUAAGCCUUUGCGUAGUGGUAAAUGGGCUGUCACUUAUGAGGAGUGGCCGGAGGAAGAUUAUCCACCGUAUGCAAAUGGACCAGGUUACAUAUUGUCAUCAGAUGUUGCUCAAUUCAUUGUUUCAGAGUUUGAGAAGCAUAAACUACGGUUAUUCAAGAUGGAAGAUGUGAGCGUCGGAAUGUGGGUUGAGCGCUUUAACAGCUCUCGACCAGUAGAAUACGUACACAGCCUCAAGUUCUGCCAGUUUGGAUGUAUAGACGAUUAUUACACCGCUCAUUACCAGUCUCCAAAACAGAUGAUCUGUCUAUGGAACAAACUACAACAGCAAGGCCGCCCAGUUUGCUGUAACAUGAGAUGAUAGUCGUUAAAAUUUUCCGGGAAGCCAGUUUCCUGUUUUGCCAAUUGAAUAGAUAGAGCAAUUUUUGAAGCCCAAAAUCAGUUUUCCUUUCUGUAAAUUCCCGAAAAGUCGUUCGAUCCUCUUAGGUGCCAGUUUGUUCCAAUCCAUAUUCAUUCAUUAUUUCUCCCUCUGGCCUUUCCUUCUUCAUUUUUGUGCCCUAAAAAUUGAAAUGAUGAGGAGAAAUUAGCAAACUGGUGAACAGCCUUAUCCAAGUUGGAGGGUUUUGCAACCUAAUGUAGAGAAAAAGCAUGAAAAUGGAAUGAAUCCUCACCUUUACAAGGUGUAUGUUUAUGAUUGGAUAUCGAAGAAUGGAAGCAUCCAUGCUAUUCCUAAUGACUAUUUAAUUAGUAUUUAGUAAGUUCCUCACAUUAUCUCAACAACUUUCCCAUUUUUGCAAUAUUGACAGGGCCAUGUGAGAAAUUUUGAUGGUUAAUUUGGGAAUCAUGCUGUUGUUCUUUGUGUUUGUCUUUUAUUUGUUAAUGGCAACAUUCUUUUUAUGUAUAUUGGUUUCACCAAAUGACUGGAUUAAGUUACCAAGAUCUGAUUUAUGAGCAUUACUUUCUUAUAAAAGUCA